AUGAGAGCAGGCAGCGGCAGAGCAGGCAGCAGGCAGAGCAGGCAGCGGACAGGGCAGGCAACCCACCCCCGCCCGGUGCCGCGCCCCCGCCAGGCCGCUGCGGGAGGCCGGGCCGAGCGGCGGGUGCCGGCGGGGCAGCCGGCGGGGGGUGACACAGCGCGGCGAGGACCGGUGACCGCGGCCGCUCGCCCCGAGCCGCCGCCGCCGCCUCCCUCCCGCCCUCCCGGCCCCGCUCCCCGCGGCUGCCGGCGGAGGGGCCGCGGACGGGCGCCCGGCGGGGGCUGGCGGGACGGCGGCCCCCCCGCCCCGGCCCGGCCCCGGCGGAGGCGGGCGCGGGCUGCACCUGCCGGGCGGCGCGGCCGGGCGCGGCGCGGCGGGGCUCGGCGGAGCCAUGCCGGCAGCCACGGCGCCGGGGCUGGACGUGCCGCGGAGCGCCGCGCCCGGUCGGGACGGCGGCGGCCCCCGCGGAUACGCAGUCUCACCUUGAGCGAGGAGGAUGAUUCCACCCUGUGCUUGAGGAGGCUCAGCAGCGCACUUGCAAAAGGAGCCGUGGGAGCCUGCCGCACGCUUUGGCAAGGGCAGUGCAGCCGCGUCUUCCCUCCCCAGCUCGGCACGCUGCAGAUCAUUCAUGGCAAUGGCACGGCCGUGGGGACGGUGAUAACAUUCCAGUGCUCUGCUGAGCACCAGCUGGAUGGACCAGGCAUCAUCACCUGCAUUUGGAAAGGGAAUAGUACCCAGUGGACAGCCGGAGUGCCCUCCUGCAAGCCCAUAUCAAAAUAUGAGACUUUUGGAUUUAAGGUCGCAGUGAUUGCCUCCAUCGUGAGCUGUGCUGUCAUUCUGCUGAUGUCCAUGGCUUUUUUAACUUGUUGUCUCAUCAAGUGUGUGAAGAAAAGUGAAAGGAGGAGAACUCAAAGAGAUAUGCAGCUGUGGUACCAGCUCAGAAGCGAAGAGCUAGAGCACAUGCAAGCUGCUUACUUUGGUUUUAAGGGAAGAAACAAUAACAACAACAACAAGAAACUCAGGAAUAAAUCCGUAUUUGGUGAUAUGACUAACAUGGCGUACGAUAACCAAGGCUUCUAUAGGUUCCAGGAGGAGUGGACUCGGGACACUGUAGCUCCUGGGUGUUGCAAAGACACCAGUCGUCUGCCUAAGUUCACCAAGAGCGGUAGUGCGCCUGUGAAACAAGCUGUACCAGGACACAACACUGCAGUACAGGCAGUGAAUUCAAUACAUGUCGUUGAAGUCUAUGGGCAUAAGGAUAGUUAUAACAAACCAAGCUGUCAGUUACCUGGAUAGCUGGUGUCUGAGAUACAAUCGCUCCUCUGGACCAAAAAGAAAUUUGCAGAGAAAUACGUGCCUUAAAGACAACAUAGAAAGUUAAUUAUUCAUAUGAGUUUGAAAGUUUUCUAUAUUCUAAGAUGGUUAUUUAACAGAAAUGCUUCAAAGUCUGAUACAAAUGAAAAAGAAAGGAAUGUUGAGGCUGGCAGGCCGUAGCUAUUCUCUAUGGUGUGCUAUGUGUUAUGACCACGGCAGAAGCUUAAUGUCAUUGUUCUGUACCUCUAGAGAGAAAUGGUAGCCAGUUUGUCUAUUUGCCUCAUACAAAGUCACUGAUGAUAAUUACACAUGCGUAAGAUUCCAACCUUCUUUUAACCAGUGUUUUUUGUAAGCAUUUCAGAAUGAAAAAUCCCCCAUAUUUUUACACAGUAGUAUGAUAGAACUGCAAUAAAAUUCUGUUUUUAAUUAAAA